GAGCACAAGGGGGCGGGGUCCGCGUAGAUCGCUCCGGCUGCAGCUGCCGCUGAGGAGGAGCUGGCCCGAGCGCCCAGCCGUUCCCGGGACAGGACUGCGGCGCUGCCUGCACCCUGCCCUGAGGGCGGGAGCCGCUCCCACCCUGGGGCUGAACCGCCGGAGCCGGGACGUGUCUUCUGGGCCCUGGGUGGUAGCGGCGCUCCCCGCCCCUGGCUUCUCCCUAUGAGGAGCUCCCUGGCUCUGCAGCAGCGGGGGCCGGGCCCUGCGCGCUGAUUGGAAACCUCCCUCGUCCCUGCCUGGACCUUCGCUGCCCGGGACGCAGGGGCUGCCCAGGCUCCAGCAAGAGCAAAGCUCCGCAGCCCUCCUCACCUGCCGGCUCCCGCCCCGCUCUGCCAUGGUGUGUGGCGGCAGUGCCCCCUGAGCCGAGAGCAGCAUCUGCCCGGGGAGGCGAGACGCGUGGCGGCGCUAAGGGCUAGAACUGACAACGCGGGGAACAUCCACAGCCUGGUGGUGACAUCCAUGGGCUGGGCCCGCACUUUAUUUUUCAUCGCGAACUGUUGUUACUUCUAUACGAGGCGAAGCCGGUGAAGGUUUGUGUGGCCUGGAACCGAUCAGAGCGAGGGAGGAUGGAGGAGGGAGAGGUGAGGUGGGAUGGGCUGUGCAGCAGGGAUGCCAGCACCAGGGACGCUGCCUUGGAAAACAUCCGGCAAGCUGUUUUGAGGAGAACAGCGCAAAUUUCUCCUGUAAAGGAGGAUCCUCCUCCUGAGUCAUCGGAAGGACGCUUGGCUUUUGCUACAGCUCUGGAACGAUUGAAUGAGAUGCUGGCUCGCCUGCUCAUGCUUUCCAAGAGAUGCCCCUUUAGAGACGUGAGAGAGAAGAGUGCGUCUGUCCUAAGCAAUGUUCAGGAACUUGGAAUUAGAAUUCCUAGACCACUGGGACAUGGACCAAGCAGAUUCAUCCCAGAGAAGGAGAUUCUUCAAGUGGGAAAUGAAGAUGCCCAGAUGCAUACAUUGUUUGCAGAUUCUUUUGCUACUUUGGGCCGUUUGGACAACAUCACCUUAGUGAUGGUUUUCCACCCGCAGUAUCUAGGAAGCUUUCUGAAAACUCAGCACUAUCUACUGCAGAUGGAUGGCCCAUUGCCUCUUCAUUACCGACACUACAUAGGGAUAAUGGCUGCAGCAAGACAUCAGUGCUCCUAUCUAGUUAACCUCCAUGUUAAUGACUUCCUUCAUGUUGGAGGAGACCCCAAAUGGCUGAAUGGCCUAGAGAAUGCACCUCACAAACUGCAAAAUUUAGGAGAAUUGAAUAAAAUAUUGGCUCAUCGGCCCUGGCUUAUCACCAAAGAGCAUAUUGAGCAACUUCUGAAGACAGAAGAGCAUAGCUGGUCCCUGGCAGAGCUGAUCCACGCAGUUGUUCUCCUUACACACUACCAUUCACUUGCGUCUUUCACAUUUGGCUGUGGAAUCAGCCCAGAAAUUCAUUGUGAGGGUGGCCACACUUUCAAGCUCCCCUCUGUCAGUAACUAUUGCAUCUGUGAUAUUACAAAUGGCAACCAUGGAGUGGAUGAAACUCAUGACAGCCCAGCUGGAAGCAUUUCAACUACAGAAUCUUUCUGUGAAGUUGAAGCACUUAUGGAGAAAAUGAAGAAGCUACAAGAGUGCAGAGAUGAAGAGGAAGCCAGCCAAGAGGAGAUGGCCACACGUUUUGAGAGAGAGAAGAGAGAAAGCAUGUUUGUGUGUUGUUCAGAGGAUGAGGAGUCAGCGCCAACAAGAGAUGUAUCUCGCCACUUUGAGGAUACAAGCUAUGGGUAUAAAGACUUCUCCAGACAUGGAAUGCAUGUGCCUACAUUCCGUGUUCAGGACUAUUCCUGGGAGGACCAUGGCUAUUCCUUGGUUAAUCGUCUUUACCCAGAUGUGGGGCAGCUGAUUGAUGAGAAGUUUCAUAUUGCUUAUGAUCUGACAUACAAUACAAUGGCCAUGCACAAAGAUGUGGAUACCUCCAUGCUUAGACGUGCAAUUUGGAAUUAUAUCCACUGUAUGUUUGGAAUAAGAUACGAUGAUUAUGACUAUGGUGAAAUUAAUCAGUUGUUGGAUCGCAGUUUUAAAGUUUACAUCAAAACUGUGGUUUGCACUCCUGAAAAAACCACAAAAAGAAUGUAUGAUAGCUUCUGGAGGCAGUUCAAACACUCUGAGAAGGUUCAUGUUAAUUUGCUUCUUAUAGAAGCUCGGAUGCAAGCUGAACUACUUUAUGCUCUGAGAGCUAUUACUCAUUAUAUGACCUGAUACCUUUGACUGACUAACAGCGAUGGAAUGUUCAGCAGAUACAGCCUAUAGCGUGAACCUACGAAGCACCAGGACCAAUGGUCACUAGAAAUUAAGAGACUUUGCCGUAACUUCUUUAGUUUCAGCUAUUUCAUUGUUGGAAUAUCGCUGUUGCCACUGAGCAGUGACUGCGUGGCAGUUGAAAGGAUAGAGUUGUGUCAGAGUGCUGCCUGUUCACAGUAUUGGGCUUUAGACAGCAUAGGAAACCAUGACUUGUGGCAAUACAGCAGAUGGUAAAUACAUAAAUCUUGUCUUAGGUUAAAUACAAUGGGAGCUGGAGCAUAAGACGCAAAAAAAAAAAAAAAAAAAAAGUGCACCUUGAUGACUCCUGCUUUUGAUACAUAAGAAUAAUUUUAGAAAACCCGGAUGCUGCUAUUUGUGCUGGUGGAAUGAACUGAGACUGGCUGUUCCAGUUAAGCUGUAAGUGAAAAUGAGCACUGCUAUAUUCUGAGCCUACAUUACAUUGUGUGUGGUUUUAAAGAAAACAUGCCCCCUUGUUUAGCAUCUUCUUAAAAGUCAGAACUAAUCUUCCUCAGGCCAUACUGACAAUUUUGAAGGUAACAGAGAUUUCUCUUACUGUAGUAUCGCCUUAAAGAAAAACAUGUUGUAGGACAAUGUGUUCAGAAUUCUUUGGUGAAAUCCAAAGCGCAGUUGUCUUGCUGUAGGGAGGGGAUGGGGAAAUUCAGUCCUGAAAGCUAUUUAGGUAAGUGUAGAACUACAUGAAUUGCCCCUUAAUCUGCUUUCCAAGGAUGAACAUUUUCUGUCACUGAUGCCCAUUCCUUUGUUGUCCUGCAUUUUUUUGUUUCUAGGAGCUAGCUAAGGUGUGGGAAUGUUACACUGACUGUUUGGCAGUCCAGAGUAUCACAAGCCCAGUGCUAGUCUUAAUGAUUUUGCAGCUGCUUAAGUAACUAAGCUGAAAAACAUCUAUUUUUUAGUAAAUCAAAACAUUAAAAUGAUAAUGUUCAAUAUACAGUUGGUUUCAGAGAAUACAUUGAAAACUUAUGAGUGUGAAUUGCUUUUGAAAUCUGUCAGUAUUACUGGUAUUUUUAAAUAAAGGAUAGCAACUUUUUUCUCUGUUCUUUAUUUUACACUAUCUUAUUGCUUUAAACUACACUAAAGGAUCAAAGCCUGUGAGAGGCACAGCUGAGCAAACCUCCUAUAUAACUUGUGAAGCUGACAGAACCUCCCUGUUAAUUAUUCAGUUGGUCAGAUUAAGGGAGUAGUGAUUAGUUUUAGGGGAAAAAUACAAAGUUCACCCCAGUAAACAUUUUAUCUUUAGUCAGCACCACCUUCUCUUGCUUGCUCAAGACCAUUCUUUGUUCCCUCCCUGACUCUACUCCCCUACCAUGACCUAUGAGAAGAGAUUUUCCAACUCGAUUUUUCCAAACCUGCCAGCUCUCUGGGUAUUUUCAAAAGAAUUAAGUACAAAGAUAAAACAUACUAGUGACCUUUAGUGUGUCUAGUUCCAGAACUUGUGUUAUAAUUAUCAAUCAGUCAAAGAAACUUUCAUGGGCUAGAAUGGGUUAAAACCAAGCAGCAGUUGAGUAAGGAGAGAAAGGACAUUUGUUAAUCAAUUAAGCCAGUCUUCAUUUAGUAAAUGCAUGAGUCACCCUGUAUGUCACUGAAGAAUAAUCUACUCAGUGCUGCCAGGCUUAAACAAAAACUUUAACAAGUCCCCACUGUCUAUUGUACUGUACAAAAGAGUGAGUAAUGUCAAAUUCUUCUUGACUAUGUUCCUGCAGUGUAUUAUAAUAGUACUUAACACAUACAUGCAGUGUUGUACAAAUAUUACCUAAGUAAUAGAGGGGUGAUGAUUAGUUACGAGAGCCUGAUGCUGGAGAUUGGGAAAAGGAGACUGCGAUUUACCAGGUUACAGAGCAACUCGGUGGCAAAGCUGGAAUUAAAACAAGAUUUCUGGCUGCCAGCCUUUUGUGCUCACUCAACUAAAUCAAGCUGGCUCUUGCUGAGGAUAAGCUAGUGUGAGCCUAGAGGGAUAUAGGAUUGCUCUUUAAAACAAUGUUAUGAUACAGGCAGAGUAGGGCCCUACAAAAAGAAAGAUGCAUUAGUGACCAUGGCCCUCAAGCUCCAUGAGGAUUUCAGUAUCUCAGCCAGAGGUCAAGUGUCUAUUUCAGGAGUGGGUGGGGAAGGUUCUGUGGUCUGCAAUGUAGAGGAGGUCAGACUAGAUGAUCAUGAUGGUCCCUUGUGGCCUUAGUCUAUAUACAAUUGCUGUGGUGAGUACCUAUUGAAAGAGAGCCAGACACUAAAAGAAAAUAUUUCAGCUACUAGCUAAAGAAGUGGUUUGAUGUUAUAGAGGUAUUGCGCGCACACAUGCUAAUUCUGAUUUAUACCAUUAACAAUCUGCUUCAUUUAUUUCUACCUCUGAACCUUAAUUGUGAACAGUUUCAUUAAAUGCUACUUGUAUUUCAGUUGAAAACUAAAGCCCAUUUUAGUGGAGUAGGAACAUUCUAGAAAUAGCUUAGAAAGAUACUACAGCCCCAAAAGCUAAAACAUUAUCUAAAAUGAUGUGGGGGAAAGAUUAAUAAACUGUCACAAAAUUGUAACUAACAGGAAGCAUCUGCUAUUUCCUCUCAACAGGAUUUUGAUGUUCCAAAACCAUAGAAUAAGAACUUGGCUUUAAAGGGCAAUUCCUAAAACUUAGCUCUGUUGAACUGCAUCUAACUCCAGGCAGCAGUAAAGACAAAGGGGAGAUUCCUGCUCUGAAAACUGGAGUUACAGUGGUGCUCAGAGAGCUGUACUCGUCCUUUUGCCAACAGAGGCAGCUAAACCUAAGAGGUAUUUUUCCCCCAUGGCCCAAAGACACUCUGAUCCUUCAAUAAUAUUCCAAAUGCUCUCUCGCUCUCAACCCUACACACAUUUUCAAGCAUUACCACUCUGCACUGCUUUGUAUGUUGGUUAUGAUACCAUCAAGCUUUUUGGCCUUAAAACAGUGAAGGAUGAUAUUUAAGAGAAAACCUUCUCAUUCUAGAUGGAAGCUGUGGUUACCUUACAUUAACUAUACUAUUUUGAUAUGUAUUAUCAGCUUAUAUUCCAUUGAUGGUGCACAUGGACCCUGUAGUUUGAGUUUGGAUUCUUUUGGCCAGCACAGUGUUUGGGGGGCAGGGUGGCUGUCACUCCUAUACCCUCAAUGUCCUUGUGCCUCUGAGUGAGGGUGCAGAGGGCAGGCCAACCCCAACUGCCAUAUAUGGACAACACAAAGAAUUACAGUUACUGUAAGGUAAAUAGCUUUCUUCAAGUCCCUAUGUGCACCUCUACCUCAAUAUAACGCUGUCCUCAGGAGCCAAAAAAUCUUACCACAUUAUAGGUGACACCGCAUUAUAUCGAACUUGCUUUGAUCUGCCAGAGUGCACAUCCCCCCCACCCCCCCGAGUGCUGCUUUAUUGCGUUAUAUCCAAAUUUGUAUAUCUGGUCAUGUUAUAUGGGGGUAGAGGUGUAUUCCAUUGUUGGUGGUUCACAAGCCAUAACCUAGAGCACAGGAGGCGAGUGAUAGGAGUCUGCCUAAACAAUGAACGGGAGGCAGCUUUACCAAAGUAGCAUCAGAUCUUGAGUACUGAGUAAUGCUGGGUAUACAUAUUAUGCCCCCAGUUGGAGGCACUAAGACACAUGAUAGAUUCAAAACUCCCAAGGGACACUGCUGGCCAACAGUAUUCAAACAAGUACCCAGGAUGCAUUGCACCAACAGUAGAAUAUUGCACGUGCACACCCCUUCCACCCCCCCAUCCCAGCUCUCUCCACCUCUAGUCUGGGCACUGAUUCAGUGGAUUGGGGCAGCCUUCUCUCUCCCUUUCUGUUGUGCAUGACUAGUCCUAUAAUACUAAUUCUUCCUCUUAUUUCAAGGACAGAGCCAGGACUAGUCCUGCAUAACGGAAAGAGGGAGAAAGAAAGCUGCUCGUGAUCCAUUAGAUUCUUGCCCAAACUAGAGCUGGAGAAAGCUGAGAUAGUUGAUCACCAACUUCCCUGUGAAAAUGAUAAAGCACAUGAUCCCUCUAGUGGAGAGGAAAAAUAAUCCCCAGCCAAGAAUGGGGAUGGUAGAGAGACUCUCUCCCAGCAGUUUAGAGUAGGAGGCUAGAGUUUCCCCUCUCUCCUCAAUGAAGAGGGAAAUCCCCAUGAGAGAGGAGGAAAAGAGAUGUCUCCCUUUCUCACAAAAAGGGGAAAAUUCCAGUUUACCAUUUAAAAAAAAAUUCAAGCUCCUGUGCUUCGUUUAAGAGAGAAUCUUGUGAAAAGAACAAACUCCAAAAGUAACAUUUGCUAUGGAAUUUUAUGAACGAGAAGAAGUACCAAGCCCAAAUCUGUAGAUAGACGUAGUGUGCUGUGGAACAAUCUUCUUAUAAUGCAUAGCUCCUUGUUGCCAGAGAUUUCCCAUGUGCCCAUUGUGGGGGGGAGAGGGGAGGGACUUUAACAAGUAUAAGAAGUAAGUUUGGCAAACUAUUCAAAUAGUCUCUUUUCAGCUGUGAACAAACUUUUCCACCAAAGAAACCCGCAACAGAAUUUAAUUAAUAGAAAAGCCACAUUACAUCAAUAAUUUUUUUAAGCGACAUUAUACAAAUACUAACUUUCUCAAAAGAUGGUAUUCAGUCUAGCUAUGAGAUAAAUUAAUGUUAUUCAUUUGUCCCAUAAUGUCCAGCAUGCUUGCCAAUGAAAAUGUAUAGGUAGCAUCAGAAAUAGUUAAAUAUACAAUCUACAUACAAAAAUAAUCAGCACUUAAUGGAGUUAUUUUCAAUAUAUUAAUAGCAAACCCUGUUUGCAUUUACUACUACUAUUUUAAAACAGCUGAAACAGUCUGCAGUUUGUAUUAACAGGUUUUUUAGCAGCUCCUAGGUUAAAAUGAAGUAAUAGUUAUAGGCUGAAGGAAGGAAUGGUGGCUUUGAAUUCUGUUGAGAAGCUUCUGUGCCACAGGCUUGAACUCUGUUUCCCAAUACAGUUUGUGAUAGUCCCUUAAAUCUCUGUCGAAGCUGUAAUCCAAUGCUAAUUCCUCAUCUGUAAUGGGGAAAAAUGUUGUCAACGUUGACGAAUACAAAACUCCUAUGUAUUA